AUGCUCGUCAAGUCCCUCCUUCCCGUUUUCCUCCUCGCCGCGCGCGUCUAUUCGCAGGACGCUGCCGCCGAGGACACCGCCCCCGCCGUCUUCGAGGGUGCCGACACGCCCUCGUCUGAGGGCGAAGCCGUUCCCUCGCCUGCCGGCGACUCGGCGCCUGAGGCCGAGCCCUCCGCUCCCUCCUCUGGCUCUGGCUCUGGCUCCUCCUCCUCCUCCGCCUCGGCCGAGGUCGGCGUGACGCCCAACGAGCCCUCGGGCAGGACCGUCGCCAAGGUCGGCGACAAGAUCAAGAUCCAGUGGGACGCCGGGGCGACGUGGACCAACAUGACGAUCCAGCUCAAGACGGGCGCGAACCAGGUCAUGAAGGGUCUCACUGUUGUUGCCGAGGGCGUCGAUGCCACCAAGAGCAAUGCUUACGAGUGGACCGUACCUGACGUCAACCCGUACUCCCAGAUUUACUUCUUCGAGUUACUUGUGCCCGUCCCAUACCUCGCUAUCGACAUGCCAGAGCUAACAGCCAGCACGAACAACGGCCCCGACCUCCAGCCCGCCACCUGGACUACCCGCUUCACUAUCGCCUCGCCCAACGGCGAGACCACCCCGCCGCCCAAGACCGAGACGGCCGGCUCCUCCCUCAUCGGCUGGGGCAUCGGCGCGCUGGCCACCGGUGCUCCUGCCCCCGGUGUCGCCGGCGGCGCCUCGGCGACGCCUACGGGUCCCUCCCGUCUGGGCGCUUCUGGCUCCGCCACCCCCGACGCCGCCGUCAACGCGGGCGUUUCGGCCAACGACGCCUCGGCUACGGGAUCGGCCUCGGGUUCGGGUUCCGCGUCUAAGAAGGACGCGACUGCCACUACUAAGCCCAGCGGAUCGGCCUCGCCGGCGCCGAGCUCGGGGGCGGGCAAGCUCGUCCCUGGGGCUGUGCUUGCGCUCGCCGCGGUUGCUUUCUUCGCCUAA